AUGAUGAAAUUUUCUUUUCUUUGGGGCAAGGAGCUUCUCCUAGACUUCUAUACAAGUUCAGCCAAGUGUAAGCUAGACCAGAUUAUCAUCUUCAGGGACGGUGUGAGUGAGUCACAGUUCAACCAGGUGUUGAACAUUGAACUGGACCAAAUUAUCGAGGCCUGCAUAUUCCUUGAUGAGAAGUUGAACCCAAAGUUUCUAGUGAUAAUUGCUCAGAAGAAUCACCACACCAAGUUUUUCCAGCAAGGAUCUCCAGACAAUGUCCAGCCUGGAACUGUGAUCGAUAACAAGGUCUAUCAUCCUCGCAACAAUGACUUCUACAUGUGCGCAAAGGAACUCCUAAAAGUAUUGGGACAUAACACAGCAGACAGAGUUUUGUUAGAUGCUCCUUAUAGUGGUAUUGGGGUUAUAUCUAAAGAUGAAUCUAUCAAAACCUCUAAAACUGUUGUUGAUGUACAAAACUUCUCACGUCUACAAAAGGAUGAAGAUGUUAUAGACUAUGCACCAAAGAAGAGGGAUGUAAAACUUGUGCCAUGUGGACUAGACUUUGGACGCCCAAGGUUUGUUCGAAUUAGAGAACGUAGAUUUCAUCGAUCUUUGAAAAAUACAAGACGUUUCUACCCUCAUGUCCUUAACAUGCAUGGAUGGUUGAAGAAAAUGAGUAAUUCAAAGGGAGUUUCGGCAGCAUCUGAAGUAGAACAAGAGGAGGAGGUGGAAGAAGAAGUUUCUGAGAUGGAAGAAGUAGAAAUUCCUCCUCAACAACAAAAGCAAGAGUCAAAUGUUCUUAAAAGGAAGUUCCAAGAUAAGCCUGCCACCUUUGAGAAUAGGAAGAAGUAUAAACCUCCUGCUAGAGAACAUCUCAAAAGCCAGGGAAGAGAAGAGAGAAGCUCUUACAGAAGCAAAGAAGAAAGCAAAAUCCUCAUUCUCAAGCAAGAAAGGCUUGACGGAUGCAUCUUUAUCAAAGGAGACAAUCGAAAACACCAAUUAAGGGGCAUUGGGCAUGGCAUUGCAGCUGCAAGAAUGGAUGCAAAGUUAAACAAUGCAGGGUGGAUUAGUGAACAAAUGGGUGGUGUUAGGUUGGAUUACAUUUGGUGGUGGGAGCUCUGGAAACAAGAUGCCAACUCUAGAGGAAUAUGGUACCACUUUGACAAAGCUAUCAGAAGAGGUGCUUCUAUCAAUGUAUUAACAACAGUGGUUUUGAAGUUUUUGAUGGAAAAGAAUAGUGUUAGUGCUCUUCAUAGAAAAGUAUGUUGUUAUUUUAGGAAAUUUGGCUAA